GUGGUCGUAAAUUUAAUGUAAACGAGCCUUGUCCUCAACGUCUCAACGAACACUUGCUUCAACUACUCACAUUUUCAUACAGCAGCAAAGCCACAAUCACACACCUCUUAAUCAAUUCUUCGCCGAUGCAGAGAUCAGGUUACGGUCGCGAUGGAAUAUACAGGUCAUUAAGACCUUCUUUGCUUCUCCCAAACGAUCCCAACCUAUCCCUCGUUUCCUUCCUCUUCGCAAGAGUUUCUUCUUUCGCCGCCAAAACAGCACUCGUCGAUUCCCAUUCUUCCCAAACUCUUUCAUUCUCACAACUCAAAACCCAAGUCGCAAGGCUCGCCCAUGGUUUCCUCCGCCUCGGAAUAAACAAAAACGACGUCGUUCUCUUGCUCCUGCCCAACACCAUCCACUCUCCCAUAUGCUUCCUCGCCGCCGCCGCAAUUGGCGCUGUCGUGUCCACCGCCAACCCUAUUUACACCGUUGAGGAACUCUCCAAGCAAGUCAAGGACUCCAAACCCAAGCUUGUUAUCACCGUCCCCGAAUUAUGGGACAAAGCGAAGAAUCUCAACCUCCCCGCAGUGAUUAUCGGCGCCGAGGAAAGCACAAGUUCGACGGUCACGAGUUUGGACGCCGUGAUGGAGGGCACGGCGACGGAGCUGCCGGAAAACGGCGUGAAGCAGGGAGAUACGGCGGCGCUUUUGUACUCCUCGGGGACCACGGGAUUGAGCAAGGGGGUGGUCCUGACGCACCGGAAUUUCAUCGCGGCGGCGUUGAUGAUUGGCAUGGACGACGAUUUGGCGGGAGAGGUUAACGGCGUGUUCCUCUGCUUUUUGCCGAUGUUUCACGUGUUUGGACUGGCGGUUGUGACGUACGCGCCGCUUGUGCGAGGGAGUGCGGUGGUGGUGAUGAGGAAGUUCGAGUUGGAGGCCUUGGUGAAGACAAUUGAGAAGCAUAAGGUGACGAACAUGUGGGUGGUGCCUCCCAUUUUGCUUGCUCUGGCGAAACAGAGUGUUGUUGGUAAGUAUGAUCUUUCGUCGUUGAAGCGUAUUGGUUCUGGUGCUGCUCCUCUUGGAAAAGACUUGAUGGAAGAUUGUGCCAAACGAUUACCUCAUGCUACAGUUUGUCAGGGCUAUGGUAUGACAGAAACUUGUGGCAUAGUUAGUAUGGAGAAUCCAAGAGUAGGGAUUCGUCAUAGCGGGUCAGCAGGAACUCUGGCUUCCGGAGUCGAAGCUCAAAUAGUGAGUGUGGAAACACAGAAGGCGCUACCUCCUACACAGUUGGGUGAGAUAUGGGUACGGGGUCCUAACAUGAUGCAAGGUUAUCAUAACAAUCCACAGGCCACAAGACUGACUAUAGAUAAAAAGGGGUGGGUACAUACAGGAGAUCUUGGAUAUUUUGAUGAAAUUGGGCAACUUUUUGUUGUUGACCGUAUCAAAGAACUGAUCAAGUACAAAGGUUUUCAGGUUGCACCAGCAGAACUUGAGGGGCUUCUAGUUUCUCACCCUGAAAUACUAGAUGCUGUUGUUGUCCCAUAUCCGGAUGAUGAGGCUGGUGAGGUUCCAAUUGCCUUUGUUGUUCGUUCACCCAACAGUUCACUGACUGAAGAAGAAGUUCAGAAGUUCAUUGCUAAUCAGGUUGCACCUUUCAAAAAAUUGAGAAGGGUGACAUUCAUCAGCAGUGUUCCUAAGACAGCUUCAGGAAAAAUCCUCCGAAGAGAGCUUAAUGCAAAAGUCCGAUCCAAAAUAUAACAUAUUACAAUUUAUUUUGGGGGGUCAAUUUUCUGAGAUAGAGUGCAAGUUUGGAGUGCAUCCUGCAGAAUAGAUAGAAAUAGCCAACCAGUAACCACGUAACAAUCCCGCCGUAGUUCAGAGUGAAGUAGCAUUGCUUUGCACCCAAAUGUUGUGAAUUUUACGGUAAGCAAUGGUAAAUCUCGACUGUUUACAUCAGUCAACAGAGAAAAAGAAGAGCGAAAUUGACCGUUUCCUAGUGUUUGUGGACUGAAUUUGUCUCUUUAAAAUAACAAAAUGUGUAAAGUUAAAAAUAAAUGUAAAAUAGUAUUUAUGUCUGAUUCAAAGUAAAGAUUUGCAUGUAACUUACAUUCACAUGUGUAUAAUUUAUUUACGUACAAAAUUUAAAUGCAGU